GAGAUCUGUGAUCUGGUCCAAAACAAUCUUUUCCGAUGGAAAGUUUCUUGGCCAAGGUUAUCAACAAUUGAGACUCGAAGGCGGUUCCUGAAUUAAAUCUACGGUUUGAAGCCUUGGUCGAACUGUGCUCUAAAGUUUCGGCUCUGAUCAUAGUCCUUUCGUCAAUCAAAGCACCUCUAGAUCUAGAGCCUAUAAUGUCAUUGUCAAGAUACAUCGCAGGAGUUCCCCGCUCGUUGAAUGGUCCGAGGGCUGGGUUGAUGAAGUUAAAAUCGAGAGAAAGCAGGGUCAUGUCAGUGUGCCUUUCUACCGAGGGAGGUGUGGAAACAGAGAAGAAGAAAUUGAAAAUAUCACCGGAACCCCCUGUUGGAGCAAAAGCAGAUAUGAUUGGCCCUCCUGAUCCUACCUCCAACAUCCCUCCCAUCAGGUUCUACAUUCCACCGAAUGAAACUGCCACAGAGAGAGACUUUCGAUUGAGAAGGAAGGAAGUCCUUGAAUGGAACCAAGAAUUUUGGUCAAAACACAACACAAAAUUUUUCAAGGAGAAAGAAUUGUUUAUUCGGCAAAAUAUGAAGCAGCCUAUGGAGGGGAAAAAGAAAAAGUCAUUGACACCUGAGGAAAUGUCUGUUUUCUACAGAUCGUUUUUGAAUGAAAACCGGAAUUCACAUUUCCAGUAUAACAAAGAAUGGUACAAGAAAAACUUCUCUCUCCUGUGGCCUGCUCUGAAAGUGACGCUUAUAAGAUGGAGACGUAAAGUCUCAGGGAAUGCUGAAUAGCAGUCAGUGUUGUUUGUUGUUUGCAGUGUAUUGUAGAUUUGAAUGCAUGUGAUGAAUGAUUUAUGUAAAUAAAAUUAUGACUCGUCUAAAAGAAA